CCAUGGUCGUAGUAGUACGACGGAAAAAUAUGCGGUUCUAUUGAAUUUUCCUGCCUUGAGAUAUUGAGACAGGCAGGAAAAUUCAAUAGAACCGCAUAUUUUUCCGUCGUACUACUACGACCAUGGGCUUCCAGUGUGGUAAGUUUGAAGUCAAAAUUCAAAAGUCGGAUUUUUGUUCGAAAUCCAAGCUCUAUGGGCAAAAACUGAGUAAAACUGCAAUAUCUCAGCAACCAGGCACCACGGGGAUGAACCAACUUAGGGUAUUUCACUACUCACUGAGGUCUACAAGAUACAAGUAAUAUGGGUUCAAAAGCGAUUUAUAACCUAACGAAGUUCCCUUGUGAGAAAGUUUUCGACGUGAAAAUUCGAAAAAAACAAACGUGGUCCGAUAGGGUAAAAAACGUAUACUAUUUCACUUAGUUUUCGACACGGAUCUCGAAUAUGACAUUUUAAUUGCAUAAAAGUUCUGAUGAAGAAAACGGCGAAGUGCGGGCAGAAUUCCGAUUUUUGCGCUCCUGGUUUAGAAAACAUGAAUCUUCUCCGUAAAAAAACAAAAUGAAAAAUAAUUGAUACGUACUUUAAAAGCUCGUUUAACGUUUGUUUUGAUCAAAGUAAAGAGAAAUAAAUAAAUGGGAUUAAAAGAUUUCACUCGAAUUUGAAUUGCCGCCGCCUUCUAUAUUACAUAUGCUUUACAAUUUUUUUAUUUCUAAUAAAUAAUUAUAAAAUCCUUUUGGUUUAACAACUUGUUUCAUUAUUAUCAAAAAGAAAAUUUAAAAUUCCAGUUUUCUUAAAUAUUUGAAAUAAAUUAAUAUCAUAAAAAUUAUUUGUUAUUUCUAAUAGGUUUUCAUAAUUUGGUAAUGUCAAUUCUUUAGUAUUUGGCAUUAAUAAUAUUACAUAUUUACAUAAUAAAUUAUUUUUUAUAUAAUGUAUAUUCAAUAUUUCAAUACGCUCACACGUUUUUUCUUUAUAUCUAUUAUUCUUUACAUCAAAAUUAUCUGAUGAAAAGACAUGCUGAAUCGUUAUUUCAUUAACUAAUAAAGAAUUUCUUAAUAUAACUAAAUAUAUUUGAUGAAUACGACGAAAGAUCAAGAGCAAAAAUAAUAUGUUUUACAUUUUUCCAAGUUUUAGCUAAAUUAUUAAUAGCACUAUUACUUUUAUAUUGUAAAAAAUUUGAUGAUACUGGUAACAUUUCAAAUUCAUAUGGAAAUGAAAAUAAAUAAUACCUUAAUGAUUCGAGAACUUUUAUUUUAUGUAAACCAAUUGAAAAUGAAUCCCAUGUUGAUAAAAUAUUAUUUGUAGAGUCAGGCCGCAAAUAGUAGCAGAACAUUAGGGGGAUGUAAAAUAAAAUUUCUCUUUGAGGUAGUGUGAAAUCGAUAAAAAAAGUUUUUGUGCGAGGAAUAAUGGAUAAAACAACGACAGCUUUUUCGCUUAUUCGGGGGGGGUGCGCACCCUCCCACACCCUCCCGUUAUUUGCGCCCCCGUGUAGAGUUAUCAAUAUUGUUAUUAGUUGAGGCCUUGAAUAUCUCAAUUUUUAGCUUCGUAAAUUUUUCUCCCCUUUUCUAUAUAAUCAAGAUUUUUUCUUAUAGGUGGUCUGAUAGAAGGUGUGUUCUUCAAAAUGAGACGUCUCGCAGAAGUUUCCGCUAAGUUUUCAUGGAGAUAUAAGCAUCACUGCAAAUGUCCUGAAAAACAGAGCCUGUGUACAACAUGUGUUUUUCUCACUAUGCAUUUUUUCGCCAGUCCCUUCAAUCCAGUCACAUUACGACCCGUCGAAAAAAUGGUCUGAUCGAGCUUAAAUUUUUACUAUAGAUACUUCAGACCCUAUCUCAGGAGUAAAAAGCUUUUUAAGUGUUUUCUAUUUGAACUUUCGGUGUAAGAAGGUUUUUAAAAUCAAAAACCGAUUUCCUAUACAGGAUUUCUAGUAUUUUUCGAUAUCUUGAGAAGGAAAGCAUAUUUUUCGAAAAGAAAAAUUUGCAAAAAUUGCAGCAUGUAGACAAGUAAAUAUUGAUUUAUUAAUAUCGUUGCGGUUUUACAUUUUUGAUUUAUACAAACAAUUGCAAUAUGAACAUGGUAAACAAUUUCCUUCAUCGUCAUCAGCAUCAUUAUUAUCUGAUCUUAAAUUGUAUCGUGGUCAACUCAUGGCGACGGAUGAAUUAGAUUCAAUACGAAAAGAGAUUGAACUGCAUUGUAGUGGAGAUUAUGAUUCACUCAAUACAUCUGAUUAUGUUCCAAAUGAUGAAUGGUUUUCUCCUGUAUUUGAUCAUAAUGAAAAAGAAUCAGUCCUGUUUAAAAUUGAAAUACCAUCAUCAUCAUUAACAGCAACAAAACCAUUUGCUAAUAUUUCACACUUAAGUCAUUUGGAUGAAAAUGAAACGUUAUUGAUGAUGAGAAGUGUAUUUAAACUUAUGAAUAUAUAUUACGAAGAAGUAAAUAACGUUUAUGUUAUUCAGUUGAGUUUGGUACUAGAUGCCUAUAGUGAAGUAAAAGCACCAACACUUUAUCUACAAAUCAUCGAAACGGGAACAUGGUUGAGCGUUGUACCAACCUAUGCACUACUGUAUUUUCUGUAUCCAGUUGAUGUUAACAAACGUUUUUCAAUAUGUGAAACAAUGUUCAAUUCAUUAAUUAAUCAAUUUGCAUUAGAUUCAUCGAAAAUUAUUUUCCAAGCAACAUGUUAUAUUGGUCUUGGGUGGACAUUUUUAAAUAAACAAGAUUAUAAUUCAGCAUUAAAAAAAAUUUAUGUCUUAUGUUUUAAUUGUUUGGGAAUGAUUUAUGAACAAAAAAUGUUUGAUUAUGAUAAAGCAAUGGAGUAUUAUACGAAAGCAAGUGAACUAGUAGAUGACUGUGGCAUUCAAAUUAAUAAAUAUGCUAGUCACAAUAAUUUUCGUAAUAUACCUUUGGUUAAUAUUGCAGUGUUAUAUAAUCGACAAGGAAAUGCUCAUUUAGCUUGGGAGACAUAUAAAAGAUUAGGUAUUAAUUCAGAUGACUACAAUUUUAAAAAUGGUGUUGCUUUCGAAGAACCAUAUUCAGCAAAUUGCUGA